AUGUCUAAUGAUACAGUCUUCAUUAAUAAUUUAUCUACUUCUGCUAUUAUCGGCAAAGAUGCUUGGAAUCAAGCGAGUCUACAACCAAUUUUCAUCUCAGCGAGGCUUAACACCGAUUUUCAACAGGCAUCGAUAGCAGACGAUUUGAAGCACUCCUUGAAUUAUGCUGUUCUAUCUCGAAAUAUCUUAGAAUUGAUGAAAAUCAACGAGCACAAGAAUUUUCAAUCAUUGCACAACGUUGCAGAGAGCGUCUCUCGUAUCAUGCUGGAUCCUAAGCAAGGCGGUGGCGAACAGGUGGAAGUGAUUGUUAAAAGUACGAAGUCGGAAAUCAGAGCGGAUAGUGUGGAGUACAAGCUAAACAGAACACGAGGUGCUGCAGUCAGCCAGAUCUUGGAUGACAUCAAUAUCAAUAGUUUAAAAAUAUUGACUGUAAUUGGUGUUUUUACAUACGAAAAAGUACAGAAACAAUAUGUGCAUAUCGAUCUCUCUCUCAAGGUUCCUUCAAAAGUCAGUAUUUCUAUCCAUCAAAUGAUCGAUGAUGUUGUUCAAUAUGUCGAAUCUUCCAAUUUCAACACAGUCGAAGCAUUAGUAAUGAAAAUUGGCCAAUUAAUCAUCGAAAAACAUGCCAUCGACAGUGUUGGCGUCAAAGUUAUUAAACCCAAUGCUAUUCCAUUCACAGAUGGUGUCGGCGUAAGUUCAUAUAUGACCAAAGAUUCGUUUAAAGGUCUACAGAGUACACAGUCCAACUUUCCAACUUCCGAUGAAAAUUCAACUAAGAAUGGAGAUCAUACUGCUUACAUUGCGUUUGGUUCGAAUCAAGGUAAUCAAAUAAAAAAUAUUAGAGAAGCAUUGAACUACUUAGAAGAAGCGAAAAUUAAGAUCAUAUCUACUUCUUCGUUGUACAUAUCCAAACCGAUGUAUUACAAAGAUCAACCCGAUUUCUUCAACGGAGUUAUUCAAGUUUCAUUCAAAGACUUGUCUCCAAUUGAUUUGAUGACAAUAUGCAAAGAAAUCGAAUAUGAACGUAUCAAUCGCAUGAAAAAAAUUAACAAUGGGCCGAGAUCCAUCGACUUGGACAUUCUACUGUACGAUGACAUUACAUUCAACCGCGAUGAUUUAAUUAUUCCUCAUAAAUCUAUGUUGGAAAGAUCAUUCGUCUUACAGCCACUAUGUGAACUAAUCAGUCCUGAUGUUCUGCAUCCAGUUACAGCUGAGCCUUUCCAUCAGCAUUUAGCUCAAAUGCUAAACAGUCAACCGGAUGAAACUCUUCAAGAUUCGUUGGACCUUUUACAGAUUAUUCCAAUUCCACGAUUGGAACUGAACCACGAGAAAAAUCCUUUGAAAUUCGAUCAAUUGAAGUACAAACAUCUGACUUUGAUCAUGGGGAUUAUGAACAUCACUCCUGAUUCGUUUAGUGACGGUGGUGAUAACUACAAUAUGAGCGCUGACGUCAUAGAGAGUACUGCUUUACGAUUGUUAGAUGAAGGUGCAACAAUAUUAGACAUCGGAGGUGUUUCGACAAGACCGGGUAGUAUUCCUCCAAGUGAAGACGAAGAACUCCGGCGUGUUUUGCCUGUAAUCAAAAUUAUCCGAGAAUCGAAGAACGAGAAACUAUCUACAUGUCUCAUUUCUGUCGAUACUUAUCGUGCAAACGUCGCUGAAGAAUGUUUGAAAGCUGGUGCAGACAUCAUCAACGAUAUUUCGAUGGGAUUAUACGAACCGGAAAUAUUCCAUGUUAUUGCUAAGUAUGGAUGUCCGUAUAUUAUGAAUCACACUCGAGGGACAACUCAAACUAUGUCCAGUUUAAACAAUUACGAAUCCAAUAGUAAUGAAGAUAUUGUCGAGUAUAUGAUUGAUCCUUUAAAUCCUUCAUUUAAUGUUAAAAAUUGGGAUUCACAAGUGACCAAUUUGAUUAACGGAGUAUCUCGAGAAUUGGGAUUACAGAUCUUCAAGGCUUUUAAAAGUGGUGUUAGAAAAUGGCAGGUAAUCAUCGAUCCAGGUGUUGGAUUUGCCAAGAAUUUAUCGCAGAAUUUAAUCGUCAUCAAACAUGCCUCAUAUUUUAAACGAUAUUCAAUGACGGUUAACGGACAUUCCUAUUUGACUUUCAAUGGUUUGGCUACUCUUCUAGGUCCUUCGAGAAAGAAGUUCUUAGGUACUCUUUGUAAUGAACCUAUCGCACGAGAGAGAGUUAUCAGCACUGGUGCAACUAUCAUGGCGUGCAUACAACAAAAUACUGACAUCGUCAGAGUUCACGAUGUAAAAGAAGUGAACAAAGUUGUGAAAUUGGGUGAUGCUUUGUAUAAAGAUAUUUAUGAAAGAAAGGAAUAA